UUCCCCCUGCUCCCUCCCUCCUGUGCCCACGUGGUACUCUGCCAUGCCGUGCUCUCAAGAGGCACAAGUCGUCUCCCCCAGCAAGCGGGCCCGGGCCACGGAGGUGGGCGAUAUGCGUCUCCGCUUUGCCCGGCUCUCGGAGCACGCCACAGCCCCCACCAAGGGGUCCGCGCGCGCCGCGGGCUACGACCUGUACAGCGCCUAUGAUUACACAUUACCACCGAUGGAGAAAGUGCUUGUGAAAACUGACAUUCAGAUAGCCCUUCCUUCUGGGUGCUAUGGAAGAGUGGCUCCUCGUUCUGGCUUGGCAGCAAAACACUUCAUAGAUGUGGGAGCUGGUGUCAUAGAUGAAGAUUAUAGAGGAAAUGUUGGUGUUGUCCUGUUUAAUUUUGGCAAAGAGAAGUUUGAAGUCAAAAAGGGUGAUCGAAUUGCACAGCUCAUUUGUGAACGGAUAUUUUACCCAGAAAUAGAGGAAGUUCAAGUUUUAGAUGACACUGAAAGGGGUUCAGGAGGCUUUGGUUCCACUGGAAGUAAUUAAAACUUCUGCCAAGAACAGGAAAUGAGAAUGUACUUUUUUCUUGAAAAUAAAGACUUUGCUUAAAGUGAAAAAA